AUGCCCGGCUCAUCGCGACUGCCAGUCAGUCUGCGCGACACCUUCAUCGCCCGCAAGAACUCGGCCAAUGGCCAGCUCGUCGCCUUCAACAUUGACGUGCUGCGCAAUGUCAUCUUUAUCCUCUUCAUCCUCCGAUGGACGCGCAUCACAUUCUACCAGCUAAAAGGCCGCGGUAUCUUCGGGUCGCUCACCGAAGCUUACAUCAACAUUCGCAAGUACCUCUACGGCGUCUUCCUACGGCUCCCUGGCGUGCGGGACAAAGUCCAAGCAGAAGUUUCCGAUUCCAUCCUCAAACUAGAGCGCAAACUCGUUCCGAGCGGGCCCGGAGUUCAUCGCAUCACCAGUCUACCAGCCGAGGGAUGGAGCGAAGAUGCGGUGCGCGAUAAGCUGAAUGAGCUGGCCGAGAUGGAACACACACGAUGGGAGGAUGGUCGAGUCAGCGGUGCUGUAUACCACGGUGGAGAGGAGUUGAUACGGCUUCAAACAGAGGCUUUUGGCAAAUUCACUGUCUCCAACCCCAUUCAUCCGGAUGUGUUCCCUGGUGUCCGGAAGAUGGAGGCCGAGAUCGUCGCUAUGGUUUUGUCCUUGUUUAACGCACCUCCAGAUGCAGCGGGCGUCACAACCUCUGGUGGUACCGAGUCGAUCCUCAUGGCCGUUCUGUCCGCACGCAACAAGGCCUACAAGGAGCGCGGUGUCACCCAGCCUGAGAUGAUUCUCCCCGAAACCGCACAUACCGCUUUCCGAAAGGCAUGCGAAUACUUCAAGAUCAAGAUGCACCUCGUAAAGGUCAAGGCACCGAGCUACAAAGUCCACCUACCCUCUGUAUCCCGUCUGGUCAACCCCAACACCGUUAUAAUCGUCGGCUCAGCACCAAACUUCCCGCACGGUAUCAUCGACGACAUCACUGGUCUUAGCAAGAUUGCCUACAAGAACAAGAUCCCCCUACAUGUAGACUGCUGCCUCGGCUCCUUUAUUAUUCCCAUGCUACCCAAGGCCGGCUUUGACUUUGAACCCUUUGACUUCCGCCUAAAGGGCGUAACCAGCAUCUCCUGUGAUACCCAUAAGUACGGCUUCGCACCAAAGGGCAACUCAACCGUACUUUACCGUUCUGACGCCUACCGCAAAUACCAGUAUUUCAUCUCACCCGAUUGGUCCGGCGGCGUAUACGCAUCGCCUUCCAUCGCAGGAUCCCGUCCCGGUGCUCUAAUCGCAGGCUGCUGGGCAAGUCUCGUCAAACAGGGUCAGAACGGCUAUCUGGACGCCUGCCACAAGAUUGUUGGCGGCAUGAAGCAAAUUGAAACCGCCAUCCGCGAGAAGCCUGAACUUUCGUCUGACCUCAAGAUCAUCGGCCGACCCCUCGUCUCCGUCGUUGCUUUCCUCUCAAAUACACUUGACAUUUACGACAUCGCUGAUGGCAUGUCAUCCAAGGGGUGGCAUCUGAACGCGCUCCAAAGUCCACCAGCUAUCCACGUUGCUGUCACGCUUCCCAUUGUUGCCGUCGUGGAUAAGCUGAUUGAGGAUUUGGUCGAGGUUACCGAGGAUGUUAGGGAGAAGGAGCGGAAGAGGAUUGCAGAGGGCAAGGGUGCUAAGGGCGCUGUCAAGGGUGAUGCGGCGGCGUUGUACGGUGUUGCUGGUAGCUUACCGAACAAGAGUGUAGUUGAGGAUUUGGCCAAGGGUUUCUUGGAUACUUUGUACAAAGCUUGAGCGAGUUUAUUUUAUGCAAUUGAUCGAUAUUCUUCCUUAGCCUGGGUCAGUCAGGCACUA